UGUUAAAACGGGAGGAGGGAAUAAAAAUGUGUACAGAAGUUGUUGGUCCAGACCAGAAUUAUUUCAAAGCAAACUUAAAAAACAAUUAUCUUGUAAUGUUUCACAAUCUAAAAUGGUUUCUUUUCCAGUUACAUGUACUACAAUUACUUUUCUGGACUUACGGUGUAUAUAGUGAUCAAUAAAUUAAUAUCUUUUAUUCAACUCGUUCAAUAAAUUCAGUAUUACAUUCACUUUUUAGAAUUGAUUGAAAUUUACUUUUUGUUCGUUAAUCGAAGAAAACAAAUAUUUUGUUUACAUUGCUUGUAUCAAAACAGGUUUUAUCUGUUGAUGUUGAAUGUUGAAUUUUGCUUAAGCCGGUGCUAUCGGGCGUGGUCCGUAACAUGCAAUUAAUAAAACAGACUCAGUCUAGUCAAGCCAGAAUAUUUUCAGUUUUCUUGUGUACGCACUAUAAGGAUUCUGAUUUUCUGUAUUUUAUAACGAUAUCUAUGUUUCUUCUUUAUGUGGAAAAUCUGAAUAUCGAUGGGAUAUAUAUAAAUUAUACUCUUAAAUCUUUAUAUUUUCUACAGAGCCUCCAGCUAAUGUUAGGUUAUCAACACCAAAUUACCUAAAAGAAGGGAGUCCUGUACAUAUCACUUGCCUGAGUCCAAGCUCAAGACCUUUACCAGAGGUUUACUUCAACAUUUCUGGUAUAAAGGUGUCUUCUGCUGACGUAAAUGCGAGCACUACGUUCAAUAAGGCCACUUCGUUAUACAGUAGCUUUAUCAGCCUGACAAAUUUUAGACGAGAAUGGAACGGAGAGAAAAUAUUCUGUUGUAGUUAUAAUAAAUGGUACAAUACAUCUAGAUACUGUUCCAAAGCGAAACAAGUUAACUUUAUGUACCGCCCAGUUAUAAAGUUCAAUAUUUCUGGACCAAUGUUAGAUAUUACCAAAGGAGAAAGAGCACAUGUUAAAUGUACAGCUGACAGCGUUCCCCCCUCUAAUAUAUCCUGGAUUGAGAUGUCAGAAAAAGAAGACAAAAUAAAGAAGCAAUGUGAUUAUGAAAAGGAAUGUGUUUUAGACGUAAAUGCAGAUGUCAUCUCGAAAAAAUACUUUGUGUGUGCGAUAAGCUAUUUGCAACUGAACUACAAGAAAACUUUGAUUGUUAACAUCUAUACAUCCAGGAACCAAAAACAAAUGUCUGAAAUGUCCAGCAACGGAAAUGGAAAGCUUAUUGGAAUCAUUGUCGGAAUAUGUUCGGCGUUGGUUGUAAUAAUCGUUAUCAUUGUAAUUGUCAUAAAAAACAAACGAAACAAUGAGCAAGAUCAGCCGAGUCAGGAAAGAAACAGACUUCGACAACG